GUUCUUCCCUCCAUCCUACUGUCACAGCCAACUUUUUCUUGCCUCUGAUUUUCUGUGCUCCUUGGUUUUUCCUCUUUUUUCUUUUUUUCUUUCUCUUCUUCGUAGUCGACACAUUGUUUUUCUGUCCUCUCUUCUCCCACGGGCCCCAACCUAUUUACUUUACCUUCCCACUCGUUACAAAGGGUCAAAGUAAAGCUGGGAGGACGGGAAAUAGUAGAGUCGUACGGAUCCUUCUCUCAUGUCCGUCUCCUGGUGUUGCUUUUGCUGCUACGACCGCCGCCGCGCCUUCUCUCGUUUCGGCACUAUUGGCUGAGUAACCGCAGACCCCCUUCGCUCGUUUCACAACAACAGGAACAGGAACCCAACUCAACCCAUCCCUUUUCUUUUUCCUCUUCUUCCUCCUUUCUUCCUCUCCCCCCCCAAUCCACGACUCGACUCUCCCCCUCUGCUUCUCAAUUCUUGUCUCGGAUACGCAGAGGGUCUCGAGUGCUAGAGCCCACCUAGUAGAAAAGUGUCGUCGUCCUCGAUUCCUUCCUCUCUCUCCUUGUUGGCGUGGAGACCACAAACCCGCUCGCUUGUGUCAAGAGCCAAAUCAACUCGUUCGGUUCUUCAGUAAAUCCGCGAAGAAAUUCCGACCACUUUUGCUUUCUCGCCCAGAAGAAGAAAGGAAAAUCACAGCAAGCACCUGAACGAAUUAUACAGGUUCAAUUUUUUAUUUGUUUUGGGUUGCCAAUCUACCUUCGUUUUGCGCUGCUAGUGUUUACUUAUUUGCUCGACCCUGGUUUCCUUUAGUGAGCCAUUCGACAACUGACGACUAUCUCUCUGUCAAUAAUAAACCCAUUUCAUCCACGGAAUCACCCUAGUCCUUCAUAUAUCAGGAUUAAUGGGUAUAAUAUAGUCGGAGAAAAAUAAUUACUAUCCAUUGAAUCAUGUCGGUCCAACCGCAAGGUGGGGGCGGGGCCCAAAAUGGGAAUGGGUAUGGUGAUGGCUAUCCCCAGAAUACACCAGGCGACUCCUACUACCAAGACGGAUACUACGAGCAGAAUGAUUAUUCGCAGCAUGAUGGAUACUAUGACAACCAGGGCUACGGAGACCAAUAUCAGCAAGAUGGCUACUACGAUAACCAGCAGGGUUAUGACGACGAGUACUACAACGAUCAAUACUACGAUCAAGGCACUGCGGGUUACUACAAUGGAGCCCAUCCAGGGCGUCGCAGAGGUCAUGAUUCCGAAGAAGACUCGGAAACCUUUAGUGAUUUUACCAUGAAAUCUGAAACUGCGCGCGCUGCGGAUAUGGAUUACUAUGGCCGCGGUGAUGAGCGGUACAACAGCUACAACGAGCACCAGAUGGGCGGCCGUGGUUACCGCCCUCCUUCCUCGCAGAUCUCCUACGGUGCAAACAGGUCUUCUGGUGCUUCUACCCCUGUCUAUGGACUCGACUACGGCAACGCUCUCCCUGCUGGCCAACGCUCCCGAGAGCCGUAUCCCGCCUGGACUUCAGAUGCCCAAAUCCCUAUCUCCAAGGAGGAGAUCGAAGACAUCUUCUUGGACCUCGUCAACAAAUUCGGAUUCCAGCGUGAUAGCAUGCGAAACAUGUACGACCAUUUUAUGACCUUGCUUGACUCUAGGGCGUCCCGCUUGACCCCCAACCAGGCUCUUCUGUCUCUUCAUGCAGACUAUAUUGGGGGCGAUAAUGCAAACUAUCGCCGUUGGUAUUUCGCUGCUCAUCUCGACUUGGAUGAUGCCGUAGGAUUUGCCAACAUGAAACUAGGCAAGGGCAAUCGCAAAACUAGAAAGGCUCGCAAAGCCGCCAAGAAAGCCGCAGGCAAUGACCCGAAAAAUGAAGAAGAAACACUCGCUGAUAUGGAAGGAGACAACAGCCUGGAAGCUGCAGAGUAUCGCUGGAAAACCAGGAUGAAUCGCAUGUCCCAGCAUGAGCGUGCCCGUCAAAUAGCCUUAUAUUUGCUCUGCUGGGGCGAAGCCAAUCAGGUCCGAUUCAUGCCCGAAGCUCUCUGCUUCAUCUUUAAGUGUGCCGACGACUACUACCACUCGCCCGAAUGCCAAAAUCGCGUGGAGCCUGUUGAAGAAUUCACUUACCUCAACGAUAUUAUCACCCCACUCUACCAAUACUGUCGCGACCAAGGAUAUGAGAUCUUCGAUGGAAAGUACGUUCGACGGGAAAAAGAUCACAAUAAGAUCAUCGGCUACGAUGACAUCAACCAGCUCUUCUGGUACCCCGAAGGAAUCGAACGGAUUGUGAUGAAUGACAAAUCCCGCAUUGUAGACGUGCCGCCCGCCCAACGAUACCAGAAACUCAAGGACGUUAACUGGAAAAAAGUGUUUUUCAAGACCUACAAGGAAACUCGAUCUUGGUUCCAUAUGAUGGUGAAUUUUAAUCGUAUCUGGGUCAUCCACGUCGGUGCCUUUUGGUUUUACACUGCUUUCAACUCACCGACUCUCUACACAAGGGAAUACAAACAGCUGGAAAACAAUCCCCCUACUGCUGCCGCGCGGUGGACGGCCACAGGGCUGGGUGGUGCUGUGGCCACCUUCAUUAUGAUCUUUGCCACAAUAUGCGAAUGGUGCUACGUUCCUCGAGCGUGGGCUGGUGCACAGCACUUGACCAAACGGCUGCUCUUCCUCAUCGGAAUUUUCUGUAUCAACAUCGGGCCUGCAGUUUUUGUCUUUGGGGUUACUCAAGAUCAUAAAGCUUCCCAUGUUUUGGGUGUUGUAUCAUUCUUUGUCAACCUAGCAACAUUCUUCUUCUUCUCGGUUAUGCCACUUGGUGGGCUCUUUGGCAGUUAUAUGAGAAAGAAUUCUCGCCAAUACGUUGCGAGCCAAACGUUUACUGCUAGCUACCCCAGACUCCGUGGAAAUGACAUGUGGAUGUCUUACGGCCUAUGGGUCUGCGUUUUCGGUGUUAAACUUGCUGAGUCAUAUUUCUUCCUGACUCUCUCCUUCCGUGACCCAAUCCGGAUCUUGUCACAGAUGAAGAUCAACCAGUGCGCUGGUGAUAAACUUUUUGGAGCGUCGGCGGAUGUUCUUUGCAAAGCACAACCCAGGAUCCUGCUGGGUCUCAUGUUCUUCACCGACCUCAGCUUGUUCUUCCUUGAUACCUACCUAUGCUAUGUUAUUCUCAACGCUGUCUUUUCAGUCGCCCGCUCAUUCUACCUCGGGGUAUCUAUCUGGACUCCUUGGAGAAAUAUUUUCUCCCGCUUACCGAAGCGAAUUUACUCGAAGGUCCUUGCAACUACCGACAUGGAAAUCAAAUAUAAGCCCAAAGUCCUCAUCUCACAGGUUUGGAACGCAAUUGUUAUCUCGAUGUAUAGAGAGCACUUGCUGGCGAUCGAUCAUGUUCAGAAACUCCUCUAUCACCAGGUCCCCUCGGAACAGGAAGGAAAACGGACACUACGGGCUCCUACAUUCUUUGUAUCGCAAGAAGAUAAUUCCUUCAAGACAGAAUUCUUUCCGACCCAGAGCGAGGCAGAACGUCGUAUCUCGUUCUUUGCCCAAUCCCUCUCAACUCCGAUUCCUGAGCCAGUGCCAGUUGACAACAUGCCUACAUUCACGGUCCUUAUUCCCCACUAUAGUGAAAAGAUUCUUCUUUCCCUACGUGAAAUCAUUCGCGAGGAUGAGCCCUACUCCCGUGUGACGCUCCUAGAAUACCUUAAGCAACUUCAUCCACACGAAUGGGACUGCUUUGUCAAGGAUACCAAAAUUCUGGCCGAUGAAACCUCUCAAUUCAAUGGAGACGAGAAAAGUGAAAAGGACGCAGCUAAAACGAAAAUCGAUGACCUUCCGUUCUACUGCAUCGGCUUCAAAUCCGCUGCACCAGAGUAUACCCUUCGGACUCGCAUCUGGGCUUCGCUUCGCUCUCAAACUUUGUAUCGUACCAUUUCCGGUUUCAUGAACUACAGCCGUGCGAUUAAGCUUCUGUACCGUGUAGAAAACCCCGAAGUUGUUCAAAUGUUCGGUGGCAAUUCAGAGAAGCUCGAAAGGGAAUUGGAAAGGAUGGCUCGCCGCAAGUUCAGGAUCGUGGUCUCUAUGCAACGGUUUGCAAAAUUUAACAAGGAAGAACGUGAAAACACCGAGUUCUUACUCAGAGCUUACCCGGAUCUUCAAAUUGCGUAUUUGGAUGAGGAGCCACCUGCUAACGAGGGUGAGGAACCCAGACUAUACUCUGCCCUGAUCGAUGGCCAUUCUGAGAUCAUGGAAAAUGGACUACGCCGCCCGAAGUUCAGAAUUCAGCUUUCUGGUAAUCCAAUUCUUGGAGAUGGGAAAUCCGAUAAUCAGAACCAUGCGAUAAUUUUCUACCGUGGUGAAUAUAUCCAGCUCAUUGACGCUAAUCAGGAUAACUAUCUGGAGGAAUGUUUGAAGAUCCGCAGUGUUCUUGCCGAAUUUGAGGAGAUGAAUCCGGAGAAUGUCUCGCCAUACGUUCCCGGACUCCCUCCUGCCAAAACCAACCCGGUUGCAAUCCUUGGCGCUCGCGAAUACAUCUUUUCGGAGAAUAUUGGAAUCCUUGGUGAUGUUGCUGCAGGCAAGGAACAGACUUUCGGUACCCUCUUUGCUCGAACACUUGCUCAAAUUGGUGGCAAGCUCCACUAUGGUCAUCCUGAUUUCCUCAACGGCAUAUUCAUGACCACACGAGGUGGUGUUUCGAAAGCACAAAAGGGAUUACAUCUCAACGAGGAUAUCUAUGCCGGUAUGAAUGCGCUUCUCCGUGGUGGCCGGAUUAAGCAUUGCGAAUAUUAUCAGUGCGGAAAGGGUCGUGAUCUUGGCUUUGGCUCCGUUCUCAAUUUCACCACCAAAAUUGGUACUGGUAUGGGUGAACAGAUGUUGUCUCGAGAAUACUACUACUUGGGUACGCAACUACCGCUCGAUCGCUUCUUGUCAUUCUACUAUGCGCAUCCUGGUUUCCACAUCAACAACCUUUUCAUUAUGUUUUCCGUGCAGAUGUUCAUGAUUUGCUUGACGAAUCUCGGUGCUUUGCGCAACCAAACUAUCCCCUGUAUCGUGAAGAAAGGAGUUCCAAUUACCGAUCGCCUGCUCCCUACCGGAUGCGCGGACACAGAUCCCAUCCAGGCCUGGGUUAACCGUUGCAUUGCUUCCAUUUGCAUCGUGUUCUUACUGUCUUUCUUUCCAUUGGUUGUUCAGGAACUUACGGAAAGAGGAGCCUGGCGUGCGCUUACUCGUCUUGCGAAGCACUUCGGAUCGCUAUCUCCUUUCUUCGAAGUGUUUGUCUGUCAGAUCUACGCCAACUCACUGCAUAACAACUUGUCAUUCGGAGGUGCUAGAUACAUCGGUACCGGCCGUGGGUUUGCUACUGCUCGUAUUCCUUUCGGCGUACUCUACUCUCGUUUCGCUGGUCCGUCCAUAUAUCUUGGCGCGAGGUUGUUGAUGAUGCUGCUGUUCUCAACGCUGACUGUUUGGGCUGGGUGGCUACUCUACUUCUGGGCUUCACUUCUUGCCCUUUGCAUCUCACCAUUCCUGUUCAACCCUCAUCAAUUUGCCUGGAACGAUUUCUUCAUUGAUUACCGUGACUACCUGCGGUGGCUUUCUCGUGGCAAUUCUCGUUCACACGCGUCUUCAUGGAUUGCCUUUUGUCGGCUCUCGCGUACUCGGAUCACUGGUUAUAAGCGCAAAGUUCUCGGAACUCCUUCAGAGAAGCUGUCUGGCGAUGCUCCUCGGGCACAGCUCACCAAUAUUUUCUUCAGCGAAAUUGUUGGACCCCUUGUCCUUGUGGCCGUUACUCUCAUUCCGUAUCUUUUCAUCAAUGCUCAGACGGGAGUCAAGGAUGCAAAACCUACUAGUUCUCUGAUCCGACUCGCCAUCGUCGCUUUCGCUCCCAUCGCGAUCAAUGCCGGCUGCCUUGCGAUUCUUUUCGCAAUGGCUUGCUGCAUGGGUCCCGUGUUGAGUAUGUGUUGCAAGAAGUUUGGCUCUGUACUCGCAGCUAUCGCCCAUGGUGUCGCUGUUGUUAUGCUCUUGGCCUUCUUCGAAGUUAUGUUCUUCUUGGAAGGAUGGGUUUUCGCCAAAGCACUGCUUGGAAUGAUCGCGGUAGUCGCUGUCCAGAGAUUCUUUUACAAAUUGAUCAUUUCACUCGCUCUGACACGAGAAUUCCGUCACGACACCUCGAAUGUCGCAUGGUGGACUGGUAAAUGGUAUAGCAUGGGUUGGCACUCGAUGUCUCAACCAGGACGUGAAUUUCUUUGCAAGAUCACGGAACUUGGAAUGUUCGCUGCGGACUUUAUCCUUGGACACGUUCUUUUGUUCUUCAUGCUGCCGCCACUGUGCAUCCCAUAUGUUGACAAGGGUCACUCAGUAAUGCUCUUCUGGCUGCGUCCAAGCCGCCAAAUCCGCCCUCCAAUCUAUUCUCUGAAACAAUCCAAGCUCCGAAAGAGAAGGGUUAUUCGCUUUGCCAUUCUCUACUUUUUCAUGCUCGUUGUUUUCCUUGGCCUUAUCGUCGGACCUGUUGUUGCUGGUCCCCGCAUCAACAAAAUUUCCCUCCCAGCUCUCAUUAACGACCUGAGCCUACUCCAACCAACGGGCCAAGACAUUAAUGAUACCACUACCAGUCUAACUGGAAAGGCUUUGAAUGAUCCAGCGCCCAAAUCCACAGGAUCGAACAAUAAUCGGAUGGCCCGGCUAUUCUAAUAAAUAGCCAGAGGUAAUAAAAAGGGCGUGCUGGAAAAUACGCAAACACGAGCAUUUCUUCGAGGCACUUUUUUCCUCGUAAAUUUCUUACUUUUAUAUUACAAAGUCCUCAAAAGAUGUCCCGAAUGUAUUCUUCAGUACACCAACAAUUUACGGGACUGACGUGGACAUGCAUGGGAAGGGCAUUUGAGGUUUUUUUUUUCGUUUGUCCCUUUAAUUUCCUUUUUGUCUCUCUCAUCUCUUAAUGUCUCGUUCAUUCAUUCUCUCUUUCUCUCUCUCAAUCAUUUAUAUCCUUCUGAUUAGACUUGAGAUGAGACUUAAGUCGUUGAUUUGGCUUGAGGUACUUUCCUGCUACGUGUUUCUUUACAUACUGGCUAUUAAUGACAAUUGCUGUUUUAUUUCUUCUAUUAGUUAUUACUUUUUUAUCCUGUUUGUUUGAGAUUUAGUUCACUCCCAACUUACUGUUUUCAUGCCUGCUUGUGUGAUGACCUCGCGUAAACAAACCAUGCUUGUUUUAUACUCUCUAUUAGUUACUUUAUUUACUUUUUUCUUUGCCUUGCUUCUCCUCGUAAUAUCAUAUUUCUCUAGAGAUACAAUACUGUAACGCGAGACUUUUGUCUUCUCAUUUUCUUUUAACUUCAUAAGUACAAGCAUCAAAUGCUUGCUUACGCUCGCUUUGCUGCUUGCGCAGCCCGCUUUACCACUCCCACCCUCUACCCCUACCCCGCUCUUACCACCCCUUCCACCCCUUCCACCCCCUACCUCCUUUACCACCACCACCGCCUCUACCACCCCGCAGCUUCCCCUACCACUUCGACCCCCUACCUGUACCCCCU